AUGACCGCUCUCAACGCUCGUGUCGCCGGCACUGUCCGCCAGCAGAUUGUCGACAAGCCCGCUCAGAACGCGCUCAAGCCCGUCUCGACCGGUAUCAAGAAGUCUCCUAAGGCUUCUUCUCCACCCAAGCGCAAGGCUUCACCCAACGUCUUUGGCAAACGUCAGAAGCCUCGCAAGGGAUCCAAGGCUGCCAAGGCGGCUGAGAUCCUCCGCAACGGCAACUUCUUCUCGCUCGACAAGCUCGCCUCACCCGCCCCGAAGCCGUACAAGAUCCUGUCCUCCGAUCGCGCUCCGCAGCAAGACCUCACCCCCGAGCAGCUAGGUGCCAGGGUCCUCGCCAACCGAAAGCGCCAAGAAAACGUCGAGAACUGCUUGAAGCCGAUGAAGUGCCUCGACCUGCCCCCGAAGAAGGUCGUCCCUACCGGCACGGUUGCACCCAAAGACAAGUGCGCCAAGUCUCUCAAGAACAUCACCGGCUUCAAGUUCCUCGACGACUCCGCCAUCUCCGCGAGAACCCUGACCUCGCUCGCCACCGCCUGCGGCUUCGAGAAGCGCGAGAACCCGGCCUACGCACACUCUCGCGUCCAGGAGUUCCUCUUCGAGGCCGCCGACCGCUGCGUCCGCAGCCGCGGCGAGUACCUGUGCAACACCGCCGCCGACAGCGAGACGCACUUCUACAUCCGCAUCUACAACCAGCUGAGGCGGCGGUACAAGGACGACGACUCCAUCGACAUCACCAAGAUGGGGCCUGUUGAACUUCGCGAACUGAUGGACGCGCUCGUCAUCGCUCGCUUCGCCUUCAUGAUGGAGGUUGCCGAAGGCGACAUGGAGGAGGAGACCCGUUUGACCUACAUCGCCGACAGGUGGGAUGGGGUCUGGGGCCAGAAGAAGCGUAUGUGA